AUUGGGAAAACAACUUUGACCAGAAAGGUGAUGCUGGAAUGGGCAGAAGGAAACCUCUUUCAGUACAGGUUUGAUUAUGUUUUCCAUGUCAAUUGCAGAAACAUAAAUCAAUUUGGGAAGAAAGAAAUAAGUUUAGCAGAUUUGAUUGCUAAUGACUGGCCUGGUCCCCAGACUCCUUUGACUGAGAUCAUGUCCCAGCCAGAGAAACUCCUAUUCAUCACUGAAGGUUUGGAUGAACUGAAAUUCUCUUCUAUGAGCCCAGAUUAUGACCUCUGUAAAGACUGGAAGCGACGGUCUCCAGCACCUAUUCUAAUGAGCAGUUUACUGAGGAAAGCCAUGCUCCCUGAGGCCUACUUAUUAAUCACGACAAGACUCUCUGCUUUGGAGAAAUUAAAUUCCUUAUUAGAGACUCCAUACCAUGUAGAAAUCCUGGGGUUCUCUGAGGAGGAGAGAAAGGAAUAUUUCUGCAGAUUUUUCAGAGAUGAGGAUUUGGGCCAAAAGGCUUUUAGUUUGAUAGAUGAUAAUGAAAUUUUAUUCACCAUGUGCUUUGUCCCUCUGAUGAGCUGGAUUGUUUGUACUUGUCUGAAACAACAGAUGGAAAGAGGACAUGAUCUGUCACAAGUUUGUCAAACUACCACUGCCCUGUACAUGUGCUCUCUUUCCAAUUUAUUUACCCCUAGUGAAAGGAUACAUUCAAAUCAGAACCUCAAAAGUCUAUGCAGUUUGGCAGCUGAGGGAAUCUGGGAGAGGAAAAUCCUAUUUGAUGAAGAGGAUCUCAGGAGGCAUGGACUAGAGACAGCCAAAGUUUCUGCCUUUCUGGACAUGUAUAUUUUUCAGAAAGAUAGUGACUCCUGUUGUUGGGAUCUCUCCUCAGCUUUGAAGAGCAACCAAAAUUUAACUCAUUUGAACCUGGGGGGUAACGCCUUGCAUAAUAAUGGGUUAAAGCUUCUGUGUGAGGUCUUCAAGGAUCCAAACUGCAAAUUGAAGGAGAUAAAGUAA